AAGUUCGAAAUCAGAGGCAGCCAGCCUUCUCCAUCUCCCUCAGUGCUUACCGCAGGGUACCGUCAACCGUUUUCCUCUCACCCGUUGUUUAAGUUUUGGUUUCUUUCUCCGUUUAAAGAUGUGGAGUUGCGUACGAUUUUUGAUAACGAACCCGCGGAAGAAAUGACGACCAGUGUGGGUUAAUCCUGCGACACCCUUACGAGAGUUAAAGGUCUCAGGCAAUGGCUGAUCAUCAGGAGACUGAGGAUGUCGGCCUCCUGCCUCCCCAGGACCUCCCGGACCCCCCGAGAGAGGAGGAUACCCAUGGCCCCCUGCAGCUCAGGCAAGGCAUUAUGCUCCAGCUCAUUGACGACCUGUCAUACGAGGAUGUGAAGAAGUGUUAUCGCGGAUCGACAGUGAGCAAAUACAACGGCCAGUACCACAAGCUGUUCCAGAGUGUGCCACAGGAGGAGAUCCUCAUGAAGGUUUACUCUUGUGCUCUCCUGAGAGACAUUCUUCUGCAAGGCCGUCUCUACAUCUCCAGGAACUGGCUGUGUUUCUAUGCUAACCUCUUUGGCAAAGACAUCAAGGUAGCCAUACCUGUAGUCUCGGUGCGGCUGGUGAAGAAACACAAAACAGCAGGUCUGGUACCAAAUGGCCUGGCCAUCACCAUGGACACUGGCCAGAAGUAUGUCUUCGUAUCCCUGUUGUCCCGGGACAGCGUGUAUGAUGUUCUCAGGAGGAUCUGUACACACCUGCAGGUGAAUGGGAAGAAGAGUCUGAGUUUGAAGCAGUAUCUGGAGGAGCCAAUCACCUUAUCUGUGGAUGAGUUCCCCGUGCGGGACGAGUUGCCGCGCGUCCUCAAAUGGAGGAGGAAGCCGCCCAUGGCGUCGGUGUCCCCAUCACUCCCUGACCUCCUGGGAAACUCCACCACCAGCCUGAGGACUGUGGACACACCCUUUCAAGCUGAUCAGCCAAUCGAGGAGACAGCACUGGAAAAAGAGAAGAACCUUCUCACAGAGCCGGUACCAGAACUGGGUCACAUGGAGUUCCAAUUGCUCAAGUUCUUCAUCCUGCUAAUCAUCCUGCUCAUUCUGUCUUCCUGUUACCUGGCAUUCCGAGUCUGCAGCCUGGAGCAGCAGCUCUCCUUCCUCAACGCAAACCUGGCCCUGCCACUUAGGGAAAGGUGA